AUGGUAGGAAAAGUAGAAAAAUCUGUAGUUUCAAAAACUACCCCAAAUAAAGAUACAAAUAAUAAAAAAAGAAAAGAACCUGAACCAAAAGUAGAAAAAACUGUUACCACAAAAGCUACACCAGAAAAUAAAAAGCAAAUUGAAAAACCAACCACCACCGAUAAUAAAAAAUCACAAACAGAAAAACCAAAAACUACAACUACAACAAAUACCAUAAAAACUACACCAGAAAAUAAAAAGCAAACUGAAAAGCCAACCACCGCCACCACCACUACCAAUACAGAUAAAACUAAUAAAAAUAAUAAAACUUCAGAAAAUACUAAAACUACAGAAAAUACAAAACCAAAACAACAACAACAACCACAAGCCAAAAAACAAAAAUCAGAACCAACAUCAACACCAACCACCACUACUACAACUACAACUAAAGAAACAACUCAACCACAAAAACCAUUUUCAAUUUUUGAUUCAUUAAAAAAAUCAGAAUCAACUAAUACUAAACAAGAAAAUAAUGAAAAAACUACUACCACAGCAUCAGCAGCAACAACAAUUAAAAAAACUGAAAAAUCAAAUAAAACAUCAUUAUUAAAAGCAUUUUCAAGUGAUAAUCAAUAUUCAGAACCAAAUGUUACAGAAAUUAAUGAAAAGAUUGAUGAUGUAUUAAAAGAGAUGAAAGAAUUAAAUCCAGACGAAUUUUCAAGAAAAGAUGAAAAAACCAAACAAAAAUUAAAAAUGGAUAGUAAAAAAAUACGUGAAGAGCAAAACCCACGUACAGUUUUCGUAUCAAAUAUUAAUUUAAAUCAUGCAAAAGACAAUGAACUAAAACAAUUAUUUAAACCAUUUGGUCAAAUCGAGUCCAUUCGUUUCCGUUCAAUUCCAUUAUCAAGCAUCGAUGGUAAUCGUAAAGAGACAUUCAUUAAGAAAGAAUUUCAUGAAAAACGUGAGACUUGCAAUGCAUACAUUGUUUUCAAACAAAUCGCUGAUGCCAAAAAAGCAGCAAAACAAAUGAAUGGAAAAGAAGCAUUUGGUAAACAUUUACGUGUUGACAUGGCCGAUCAUAAGCCAACCAAAGCAUCAGAUGCCAAGACAAUCUUCAUUGGUAACAUUCCAUACGAAACUGAAGAAGAGGAACUAUUUUUAAUUUUCGAUAAAACAUUUGGCGAUGUAGUUAGUGUACGUAUCAUUAGAGACUCACAUACAAAUAUUGGUAAAGGUUUUGGUUACGUUAAUUUCUCCACUGAUGAAACUGCUUCAACCGCUAUCGCUCAAAAAUCAAUUCAAUUUGGUAAACGUGAAAUUAGAAUUUUCCCAACUAAAGAAAAUCCAAAGAAAGGUAAAACUAUUAAAGAAAAGAAGAAAUUAUUAAAUAAAAAACCAAGUACUCGUGGAGCUUCUCAAAAUAAAUCAAAUGAUGAUGAUGAUAAUAAUAAUAAUCAAGAUGAAUAA